AAUGAAGAAUCACUGCAUUACACAGAAGAACAUCUUUUAAGAAUUGUAAUACAUCAAUGAAGUAUAAGUUGUAUUAACGAAGCGUGAAUUUGUGAUUUAUAUAUCAAAAAAUUGUACGAGAAUAGAUAUAAAGACUUUUUGAUUGAAGAAAGAAAAAGAAAGACGCGAGAAGAUAAUGGCCUACGUUGAAAUCUUAUGCGUUGGAAUCAUCGUGUCGAUGUUGGCUUUCUAUUACUAUUUCACAUCGGCUUUCAAUUUUUGGAAAAUUCGUGGAAUCCCCGGACCAAAGCCAAAAUUCUUAUUCGGAAACAUCAGGGACAUCAUAUUGUCAAGAAUUUCGACACCCACGUUUAUUAAAAACGUCUACGAUACGUACACGAACGAGCCUAUGGUCGGAUUGUACAUGGGACGGAAUCCGAUUCUCCUUCUAAAAGACCCGGAACUAAUCAAGGAUGUAUUGAUCAGGGAUUUUUCGAAAUUCGCAGAUCGAGGAUUCAAUGUUCAUGAAAAGGUAGAACCGUUGUCGCAGCAUCUUUUCAACCUGGAGCCAAAAAGAUGGCGGCCGUUGAGAUCAAAGCUGUCCCCGAUGUUCACGUCGAAAAAAUUGAAAGAAAUGUUCGGUCUGAUCCUCGAGUGUGGCCACCAUUUUGAAAAAUAUGUGGAUGGGCUCGCGGCGCGGCGGCAGCCCGUCGAUUUCUGCGAGGUGGCGGCAAAAUACACGACUGACGUGAUCGGUUCGUGCGCAUUCGGGAUCAACAUGAACGCUAUGUCGAGCGAGGGGAGCGAAUUUCGAGAGGCCGGUAGAAAAAUCUUCGAGCCCACUUGGAACUCUAUAAUACGAUUGAAAUUUAAAAUAACCAUGCCAACGCUCUACGAUUUAUUGGGCCCUCUCGUACCCGAGAGGGAAGUUACUCCGUUCUUCAUCAAGGUAGUCACGGACGCCAUGAAGUACAGAAAAGAGAGAAACGUGUUCAGGUCCGACUUCAUCGACACGUUGAUGAAACUUCGCGAUGAUCCAGAAAGUUUGAGCGAUAUCGAAUUGACCGAUGCUUUCCUGACCGCGCAAGCGUACGUUUUCUUCGCCGCUGGUUUUGAAACCGGAGCGUCGACCAUCAGCAAUACGCUUUACGAAUUGGCGCAAAAUCAGGGGAUGCAAGACAGGCUGAGGGAAGAGAUUCGGGAACAUUGCGAUAAAUACGGGGGAGAGUUGAUGUACGAGAAUAUUAAAGAGAUGGAAUACUUGGACAAAGUGUUUAAAGAAACAUUGAGGAAAUAUCCACCAGGAACUUUGAUACCAAGAAGAUCAGUUUCCGAAUACACUUUCAAAAAUACGAAUGUUACUAUACCGAAAGGCACAAUGAUAUGGAUUCCUGCAUUCCCUAUUCAUCGCGAUCCCAACAUUUAUCCGAAUCCUGACGAUUUCAAUCCCGAGAAUUUCACCGAAGACGCUAUUAACAAUCGUCAUCCCAUGAAUUAUUUAGCCUUUAGCAAUGGACCAAGAAAUUGCAUCGGUGCACGCUUCGCUAACUAUCAAGUCAAGAUAGGUUUAAUUAUGAUUCUUCGUAAUUACAAGGUGGAAGUUUGCGAGAAAACUGUGAUUCCCUAUCAAUUCGAUCCAAAUUUAUUUCUAUUGGGUCCCAAAGGAGGGAUAUAUUUAAGAGUAACGAAAGUAGAGUAGUAGUAGUUAAAGUUGUAUUAUAUUUUUAUAUAAGCAACAAAUUUUAAUUUUUCGAUUGUUUUGACCAAAGAGUUUUCCUAAGAGAUUUCCAAAAGAGAUUUACGCAUGUUAACUUUUAAGACUUAAGAGAUAAAUGAGCUGUGCAAUAUAAUAUUAUUUAAAUUAUUGUG